AGUAAUAAUAAUAAUAAUAAAAAUGGGAAGAAAAGCUUGUUGCGACAAAAGUGAAACCUUAAAAAGAGGAAAAUGGGAAGUUGAAGAAGAUGAAAAGCUCAUCAAUUACAUAAAUGCCAAUGGUGAAGGCUCUUGGAGAUCUCUUCCCACAAACGCAGGUUUGAAGAGAUGCGGAAAGAGUUGCAGAUUGAGGUGGAUAAACUACCUUAAAUCAGGUCUCAAGAGAGGAAGCUUCACUCCACAUGAAGAUGAAACCAUUGUCAAGUUUCACAAUACCUUUGGAAAUAAGUGGUCUUUAAUAGCCAGCAAUUUACCAGGGAGGACAGAUAACGAAAUAAAAAACUACUGGAACUCCCAUCUCAGCCGUCGAACGUACUUGUUCAGAUCGACGGCCGUCGUUGAUUCCAAGUUCAUCAAGACUCAUCCCACCAAACGCAAGAAGAUUGUUACUAAUAAUAAUAAUAAUAAUAAUAACGAAGUUCCCGCCAAAAAGAAGAAAAAUGAAUUUAUGCUUGAUGAAGAGAUGAUGGUGUGGGAUGAACACACAUUGAUGCAGUUUCACAACUUCCUGCAAGAUCACGACAACGGUGGUGGUGGUGGUGGUGGUGGUGACGUGGCUAGUUCAUGUCUUACUCCGACGAACGAUGAGAGAGAAAAGGUAAUAGUAAAUAAUAAUAAUAUUAGCGACGAAAAAUUAGUAAAGUUCGAAUCGGAAGAAGAAGCCGAGACGACGAAGACCACCACCAUGCAAAUGCAAUAUUCGUGUCCAUCGCCAAUUGUUAUCUACUUUGACGACGAUGAGCAAUUCCGGUGGGAUUUUGAUGGUGGUUUCGGCGGUGACGAGGUUAAUUAUCCGUGGAGCGAAACCAAAGAGGAAGAGACGAUGUUUAAUAUUUGGUCGUAA